AUGGCUCAGCUAAUGGGAGAUGAGGAAAGAAGGGAUGUUUACUCUGCCACAACUAACGCUUUGCAAACGCGGUUCUAUGCUAUGUAUAUCAGGGCUGCUCAUCAGCACAACCACCACCACAGCCAAAAUCCCGGCGACUACGGCGAACUCUCUGGCGUUCACACGGAGGCACAUAAGAAAACGUCUUCAGACUACUUGAAAGCCAUUGUAUUUGGUGGUCUUGAUGGCAUUGUCACGAUAUUCGCUAUUGUUGCUGGAUGCGUUGGCGCCAAUCUACAUCCGUCGAAAGUCGUUAUCAUUGGCAUUGGAAAUCUUCUGGCGGACGCGAUUAGUAUGGGUUUCGGAGAGUUCGUGAGCUCUGCAGCAGAAGACGAUUUUGUCAAGAGCGAAAGGGACAGAGAGGAAUGGGAAAUAGAAAACUGUCCCGAUGAGGAAAAGCAAGAAAUGAUUGAGAUUUAUAGAGACCGCUAUGGCUUUACAGAGGAAGAUGCGGAUUCCCUCGUAAAUAUCACAUUCAAGUACAGGGAGUUCUUCGUCCGGCAUAUGAUGGUGGAAGAAUUGGGACUCAUGGCAACAGAGGGCCCCAGUCCCCUACGAAGAGGCGCGGUCAUGUUCGCUUCCUUUUCGAUCUUCGGGUUACUUCCACUGGCCGGCUUCGUUGCUUGGCUGACGCUGUCAGGAACGAGCACAGAUGGCCACUUGGCAUUUGCCAUGGCGUGCGUUGUGUCUGGCAUCGCGCUGUUCAUUCUUGGAUUCUUCAAGGGCCGCUUCGUCAACCAGAGUUCAUUAAAGUCAGGGCUUCUGAUGAUCAUUAAUGGAACCUGCGCGGGCACCGUGGCAUAUACUGUUGGGGCAGCUUUAGAAGGUGUUGUUGCUGGAACGUUAUAG